CGGCCGGGGGUAGGACGCAAUCCGCGCCCCACCCUUUCGCACGUGCAACGCCGAGCAAUCAGCGCGUUUGCUUUGCAUUUUCUCAAGCGCGCGUCCGGGCUCAGCGAUCUCGUCGUAAAAAAGCUCUGCCCGCGAUCUCUUCGUUUUUGCAGUCUCUGUAAAUCCAUGGCGUCUUCUUCUUCUAGCAAGAUGGAGGAAGAAGAAGAAGAAGAAAACCUAGAUCAGCCUGAGGGAUUUGAUGAUUUCACCCUUGCUUCUUCUUGGGAAAGAUUCAUAUCUGAGAUAGAGGCUGUUUGUCGUUUAUGGCUGGUGGAUGGUCCAGCAAAUUUGGUGGACAAGGGUGCAGAUCACUUGGGUUCUCCAAAGAACCUAUACAAGGUCAAAUUUGAGUUGAAGUAUGGGAUGAAAAGCUAUAGCAUGGAGUACUACUUUCAGAUUAAUGGCAAUGGCAAAGUUGUUGAAUGGAAUGACAAUCUGCACAAUCUGCAGCUAUCUUUUGGAGUAAAGGAGUUUCUGGUGAUUGCUCCUCUGAGUGCUAGUGGGGUGGUCCUUGAUGCUCCUGAAGCCAGCAAACUUCUGAGUGCAGUUGCAAUCGCCUUAUCAAAUUGUGGCAGUAUCUGGCCGGCAUUUGUUCCGGUGCAUGAUCCUUCACGGAAAGCAUACAUUGGAAUUCAAAAUAUGGGAAUGGUUUUUACCAGAAGGUAUGAGGCCGAUCGUAUUGGCAGCCAGGUUCCAAUAAGGCUCAUGCAUUUGGAAGGACUGUAUGAGUUAUUCGUAUCUAAAUUCGCCUUCUCUACCGGAGAUUUAUCAACAAGUUUUUUCAAUGUCCACUUCACAUUGAAGCUCACCUACAGAACACCUCCCCACGAUGAUGAUGAUGAUAUACAGGGAGGGGAAUCUGAAGUUAUAAAUUCUAGUGGAAAUUUGGAGGGUGAAAGCCGUAUCAAAACACAAUGGGAUGAUGAUUGUCCUUGGACUGAGUGGUACUCUGCAGAAGAUCCUAUAAAAGGUUUUGAGUUGAUUAGCAUAUGGUCAAGCAGGAUUGUUGAAAGUUCUCUUCAGAUGGCUGAGUUAGAAAACACUUCAUCACAUGAAGCUGAGAAGUGGCUACUUCUUCCAAUUGUGUCUUCAAAUCAAAAUGAUUCCAAAGGAAACAUGAUUGGAUUUGCUUCCCAAUUGCGCCUUCUAAUAAAUGCAUUGGAUAUGUCCUUUGAGGCUCAAUUCAUGGAAGAUUUCGUAUCAGUUGAGACCCCAAGUUCUGAUAAUUUGAAGUCUGCAACGGCAAUACCUCCUCCAACAGUUAUUGACCGUGUCCUCAAAGAUCUUUUCCAUGAAGGAGAGCAAAUUUCCAGCUAUGGAAAGGGUGAAGAUAAGAACUCCCGUGCCAUCAAAGGCGCACCUUUGGAAUCGCUUUUUGCACAAUUUUGUUUGCAUUCUCUUUGGUUUGGCAAUUGCAAUAUACGUGCAAUAGCCACGCUCUGGAUAGAAUUUGUGAGAGAAGUUCGUUGGUGCUGGGAGGAAUCACAACCUUUACCAAGAAUGCUAACCUCUGUCAAUAUUGAUCUAUCCACAUGUCUAAUACACCAAAAGUUGCAAAUGCUUGCAAUAUGCAUUGAGAAGAAGGGCCCAGUGGAUCAAGAUUUCCAUGACAGUAUUGAAAGCAAUACUUGUGCUCCAGGUGGUAAUGAGGGAGGUGUCAAAGUUGAAGGGUCUGUGACAAGAAUGCCUAUUGAGGAGUUAGAUGAGAAACCUGUCAGAAAUUAUAUUGUUUAUUGCAGCUCCUUGAGACCAGAAACUUAUCAUGGUUCCAAUUUUAAUCAAGCAAGGCCCAAUAUAGAUCCUAGAAAUGUUGUGCCAUCAGAGGAUCUACAACCAUCAGAUCGAGAUAGAAAGGGAUCAGCUGGCAUCGUGGGGUCUUUGAUGCUUCUGAAUUCAUACCAGCAGAUGCAUGCCCCGUACACCCAGGAUGCACCAAUUAUGACAGAAGAUAUGCAUGAAGAAAGGCUCCACGCAGUUGAAGCAUUUGGCAAUUCAUUUAGCUUCUCUGCUCACUUGGAGAAAGAUAUCCUGUCUUCAGACAUGUCAGCAUUCAAAGCCGCAAACCCAGAUGCAGUUUUUGAAGAUUUUAUUCGUUGGCAUUCACCUGGUGACUGGGAGAAUGAUGAAGCUGAAGGAAAUGAUAAAUCUAGAGAUCUUGAGAUAGAAGGAAAAGGUUCUGAGUGGCCACCUCGGGGAAGACUUUCACAACGCAUGUCUGAAGGAGGUAAUUCUUGGCGCCAAAUUUGGAAUGACUCUCCAGCUUUGCCAGUUUCUGAACAAAAGCUUCUCUUAGAUCCAAAUAGAGAAGGAGAAAAGAUUCUCCAUUACCUAGAAACGCUGCGUCCGCAUCAGCUGCUUGAACAAAUGGUUUGCACUUCCUUCCGGGCAUCAGCUGACAGUCUAAACCAGGCCUCGUUUGGUGAUUUAAGACAGAUGACAAUAAAAAUUGAACAGCUUUACCUCACAAUGGCAUCCACUUUGAAGCCAUUGCAAGCAAACAAUUUACAUGACAAGGGCGAGCUCAUUGAUGACCUAAGCCGGUUGUGCAUCGUUUUCGAGCAUGUCGAGAAGCUACUGAUCCUUGCAGCAUCUAUGCACCGCAAGCUGUUGCAUGUGCCACGCCUCUCUCGAGCAAUUUUCGGUGACUACUACAGUUUUGUUCUUCCAACAAUGGGAAGGGGCUUGGAAGGCACAGCCAAGGAGGAGGAGUUCAACGUCAGGCAAGCAGUGAGAAUGUCCGAGAGACAGGUGGUAGCCAAUUUGUUUCCGCUGCCCACUGCCAACCAAUCAUGGAGGAAGGUUUUGAGCAUGGGCAAUCUCCUCAACGGCCAUGAGCCCAUACAUAGGGAAAUCAUCUUUUCAGUAUACGACGACAUGAGUGGUGGUCAUUAUGGGGACAACAGUUCUUUGGGCUCUCGUCGAGAAAUCGAGACGCACCGCAUGUACAUUUGUGGAACUUCCAAUGAUCUGCAGGUUGCAUUAUCAGUUACCUCCUGCGAUUAAUCUCAUAUCGUCAAUAUCACGCAUUCUUUGGGUCUGAUUAUAUUAUUGAUAGCUAUUUCAAUUUCUUAAAUUGUGCAUUCCAUUCUUGUUGUUCUGCCUCUGGUGUAUCUUAUUGCGUGUGAAAACCAGCACAAUACACUGACCACUAACCCCCAACCGAAAAUCCUGGCCUGCUGAACUAGUGACCCGAAAUGUCAUAAUAGACAAAAUUAGUGAAAAGCUUUGAAGCUGUUUAAAAUUCCAAAUUCAGAAAUAAUUCUUUUCCUUUCAUCUUC